AUGACCGAAGGCAUGAAGCUUACCGAUCGGAGACGCUCCAAUGGCGGUUUCGAGUACGAUGAUAUCGGAGAGAAAACUGAAGAUCCUCCUUCGCAAAGAAUUCAGGGCUUGUGCAGGGCUUCUUGUUUUGAUCUGAUACAAGAUGAACUGAUUUGGGUUCAAGUUAAAUUGUAUGGGCCAAAGAUGGAUCUUGAUAGUGAAGCCAUCGAGGUGAAUAUGAAGAUGGAUUCACUUGAAGGUUUGGAAAUUGAUGGUGUAUGCCGAAACUUGAAGAUUAGGAGUUUGGAAACAAUAGGUUUAGGAUAG